AUGCACCCGGCCCAUAUUGACCUGCCUGACAUGAUUUCCAAGCAUCCGACAUCCAGUUUGCCGAUGCAUUCGCCAAAACCUGUGCCAGUUUUUGCAUCCGAAACAUCCGUCCCGCAGCCAUCUUUGCAGCCGAUGCACCCGGCCCAUGUUGACCUGCCUGACAUGAUUUCCAAGCAUCCGACAUCCGGUUUGCCGAUGCAUUCGCUAAAACCUGUGCCAGUUUUUGCAUCCGAAACAUCCGUCCCGCAGCCAUCUUUGCAGCCGAUGCACCCGGCCCAUAUUGACCUGCCUGACAUGAUUUCCAAGCAUCCGACAUCCGGUUUGCCGAUGCAUUCACCAAAACCUGUGCCAGUUUUUGCAUCCGAAACAUCCGUCCCGCAGCCAUCUUUGCAGCCGAUGCACCCGGCCCAUAUUGACCUGCCUGACAUGAUUUCCAAGCAUCCGACAUCCGGUCUGCCGAUGCAUUCGCCAAAACCUGUGCCAGUUUUUGCAUUCGAAACAUCCACUCCGCAGCCAUGUUUGCAGCCGAUGCAUCCGUCCCAUAUUGACAUGCCUGACCUGAUUUCCAAGCAUCCGACAUCCGAUUUUUGUACAGAAGCCGACACGAAACUUCCAGCAUCCGAAGUGCCAGCACAAAUGAGUGACCAACAUGUGGAAGGCCACUCCGCCAUGACACAACAUGCUGCCUUGUAUGCCACAGUUUCAUCUCAGCUGGAUACCAAACCAAGUGCCAAUGACACCACCAAACCCUCAUUUCAAUGCACCCAUUUGCAGAGUUGUCAGCCAAUGCAUUUGACAGCCUUCCAGACCCAGCCAGAAUAUGCGCUGCCCAAUGCACAAGGGAAUGACCACAUUCGAUGCAACCUGCAUGUACACACUUCAUGCCACCAAACUCAUGCCAUGACAGAUGCGAUCCAGACAGAUGUACAAAGAAACCAAACAGCCCAGGUGCUGCCAAACGCAGGAGUGUGCCAUCGCCUCAGAGAGCAAACCACAGAUGGUUUCAUGACGCCCUUACAACAUCAACACCCGUGUCACAUUUUUGAUGACCAGACAAGGGCAACACAGAUCUUGCUUCACUACGACAUCUUCACGAAGGAACCCAAGAAAGCGAUUUCUCCCAGGAUCGACAUUUCACCCAACAGUCCUGCAGUUACUUUGACUCUCACGAAUGGAAAUGUGACUCCAUUUGGACCAUGUGACAGUGAUAAUCCCCAAAGCAAGGAGUUUAUCCGCAAACACCAAGACAUGCCAGUGCAGUGUGGACUUACAUGCCAGCCUUCUGCUCAGGUAAAUCAGAUGCCGGUCGCAAAUGAGGAUUCCAAACACAGACAUGAAGGUGUUCCUGAUCCACAUCCAUUGCCACUUGACCGUGAGAAAUCAAGGACUGCCACAAAUCAAAAUAAACGACCAUUUCCACAUGCUCAAAACUCAGAGCUUGUACAGAUGCCAAGUGAAGCCUCGCAACAACACACACCCAGCACGUUCAAAUCUAUUUUUCCACCGACUGAGAACAUUGAUUCACAACUCCGACUUUCCAAAGAAAUGCUACAGGUGGUUCAAAGCCAGGAAUUUUUGCCACCCAGUAAAAAGCAAAAGACUUGCCAACAGACGCCUUUGCAGAUUCGAACUUUUCAUCAGGAUCAGAAGUUGCCAGUCAUCAUGGCCGCAUAUGGUAGCCAGCACAAACUCAACCCAGACAUGCUGCGAACCAAAGGAUGCCUUGCACACUUCAUUCAAGACGAUCUCAUAGGACCAAGAUUGUUACAUCCAGCAGAAAUUGCAAUGAUCCAUGGGGUCACAGGACGAUUUUUUGCCAUGAAGCACUUUCCAGAUGCAUGGAGAUUUCUCGGCAAUCAGAUCACCCCAUUACAUGCCAUGAUUGUUUUGGUUGGAGCUCUGAACUCACUGCCGGACACUCAUCCCAUUGCAAUGAAGGAUGUUUUCAACACAUGGGAAGCACACAGACUCAAGAUCUCCAAUACCAUCCUCAACAGAGGCAAGGCAGGAUAUGUCCUCAGACACAUGGUCUAUGAUGACGACAUCACUGAUGCCCAGCAUUCGAACCUGGAGUACUUUAUCCAAACUUUUGGUAAAGGCAUUCUCCCUGACAACCAGUACUGGGACCUUGAUGGAUUCCAUGACACGACAUGGGAGCAUGAAGAUCUCCCAGGAAAUCACACGGUCCAGGUUGCGUCACAGGUCACAGUUCUUGACCCCGAAUCACCUGAGGAUGAAAUGACCCAGACUCAGCCGUUUGUAAUCACCCUCAAGGCAGUGAUGCACCAGCAGAACUGGCAGAUGCCAUUCUGGUUUGCAGCAGAUGUAGUGCCACAAGAUCUUUCUUCGCUGUGGCAAACCACUUGCCAAGUGCAUUACGUUGAUGGAGAGUGUCAUUUGAAAGCCGACAAACAAGCAGUCGUCGCCAUUGAUCACAAUCUGGUUGUGGUAAUGACAGACCACAGAAUCACAGUGUAUGCCUUUGCAUCCGGUAGCCUCCAUGCAUUUUGCAAGCAGAUUUGCAACACUGACCAGGUUUUCGACCAAUUUGGACCCAUCGCCCCAGCCAUGCAAUUCUCACCAGAUGUACUCAUACUGGACAACAUGAUCCACCAUGAAAGUGCUUCCAUUGACGUGACAUUGGCCAUUGCUGCCUUUCAGAACUGCACAGAAGUGUACCAAUAUGACAAUACUUCCGACAAAUGGAUUUGCACACUGCAUGGAGAUCACACAUCAAGACAGAUCGUUGCCAGCAUCAUUGCCAAAUGUAUUUCCAAGAACUCCCUGCAAAGUUUGGGUCGCCAUGUUUCCAUCAAGCAUGGAGAACAUACCACAGUUGAAUUUGGCGCUGCAGAAGUUGGAGCAGCCACACCUCCAAUGCAGUUCACCACAUGUGUUGCAGUUCAUGCUGCCCGAAGCCUCCUGGACACCAUCACGAGCCAAGAUGGGGUCAGUAUCAACAUCAAAUGGAAAUCCAGACCUUUGUGGACAGGCAAGAUCGACCCAUUCAUCACUGCCGAAGCUUUGACAACACUGCUGAUGUAUACGCUGUCACCAGUCACACACCUCAGGCAAGUUCGACUGAUCAUCCAGGGCAAACAAUUCUGCACUGGCAACUUCCAGCAGUGGGAAGGGACUCAUGCAUGCCCGAUCACAAUCCACCUUGGAUUUGAAAUGUGCGGAGGAGCAGGACCAACUGCAACCAAGACACAAUUGAAACAGCAAGUCAGGAAUGCCAUCGCCAGCUGGAUGCUCGAAAACAACAUUGAACUUUCUUGGAUCAACAACAACCUUGAGAAAAUCAUCGAUGAAAUUGGAAUUAAGAGAUUUGUCCCAGUCAUCCAGCAGCCUUCUAGCAACAGACGGGACAGUCAGCUCCAGCAGAUCCUGACUGAAGCAUCCGUCCAGCUGCCAGCAGCCCCUGCCAAGACGCAGCAUGCCUCACUGCAGCAAAAAAGCAAGCUUCGGAAGAAGCAAGCACCCUUUCCAGAACCACAGGACUUCAAAGUUGAUUGCAGCUACCUCCUGAAGGAGGAUGGACAACCUACAGUACAACUUCAAGAGUUUCGAUGCAACACAACAGGAGUUUUCCUUACCAAUUCCCAAGGAGCAACCACAUGGUUGAGAGAGAACCAACAACUCUCUACAGAUGAACUUGCGAUGCUGAUCCUUGGCCCCAUGCCAGUUGACACCUCGUUGCCACAUGAACAGAUUGUCAUCCCAUGCUUCAAUAGUGACACCCAACAGGUCCUGCUGCAGGUGACACUUGUGCAAUUUGGUGCCAAAAUGAUCAAGCCAAAGCCCUGGGAACAGGUUGCCACUACCGCCACUUCCAGCCGUGUUUGCUCCCUUACGGUGUGGAAGCAAGAUUGGUCCGAAGAAGAAUGGCAAGCAGCGACCCAACGUACCACCCAAUUUCUGAAAGAGGUAUUUGCACAUGAUGGCAUCCAUGGAGCUAUUACUAGCAUUUGGGGAAGAUCCUACCGGAAAGGCAAACAACUGGCCACCUUUAAGGAUGCUACCAGUGUUCAGGUCCAUGCAGCAAUCCAGGAAGAUCAUUUCCUCAACGUGCUCAAACUCACUGGCCACAACAGAAUUUGGGCAGUUCCCAAGAAUGAAGCAGGCAAGUUGACGGAUGACUUUCGCAUCAUUUGGCUUGCACCAACAACCGACCAUCCGAAAGCUGCUACCAUCACAGCCAAACUGGCAGGAAUUGCAGGCUUAGUCCGAGGUAAAUCCUCAUUGGGAGUCCGAGUCACCACUGGCAUGUUCACAGAGGCAUGGAAAGCCAUACAUCCCAAUGAAAAGCCACCAGUUGACAUUGCCAACAAGCAGAUUUUCAAAAUUGAACCACUUCCAUAUGGAUGCAACUCAGCAAUGCUUGAGGAGUGGGCCCAACAUGUGAAUUGGGCCUUUCGGCCGCUGCGAGCCACAGGCCCCAAGAGCUGGUUGGUGUGUGCAAGUAACCCACCACCAAACGGGCCACUGGCCUUCAAUGGCCACCCAGUGCUGCCAAGGUUUAUGCCCCAGAAACAGCAUGCCCAGGUCCAACCGAUCUUGGCUGGCCCACGCAGCACAGCCAAAAUGACAGCUGCCCAACCUACAGCACAGACCGCACCCACCAAUCAAGAUCCAUGGUGGAAUUAUCUCCAACGCAACUCUCAAACCACUCCAACGGCACCAGCCACACAGGGCCCAAUUGAGCAGCGUUUUGCCCAGCAAGAUGCCAAGGUUCAAGAGUUGGAGAGCAAAAUCGAAGCCCUGCAGAAUACACAGGCACAGCAAACAGGUCAGAUUAAAAAGGUACAUGACGACCUUGCCCAAACGGAGAAAAAGCUGAUUCACACAAUGCACCAAACAAUGGAUGGAGUCAAGCAGGAAUUGGCAAAAUCCUUCGGUGAAGCUUUGGCCCUCCAAUCAAAGCAAUUUGAGAGUAAUUUCAUGGACCUCAAGAAGGCUUUGAUCAACCCAAAGCGCAAGAGUCCGACCCAUGAAGGGGAGGUCAAAGGAGCACCAGCUCUGCCCAUCCAGGAGGUGUUUAUCCCAGGAGUCCUUGACCAUACGGGAUGGAUCAUUCAACAGGAAUCCCACAGCUUUACCGUGCAAUUUCACACCAUGCCCAACUGUGAAGAACUCACUGCAACAGUCCUGCAAUUUUGGGCUAGCUUUUUUCCUGUAUCCAUUACGGGUAUGCUUCCGUCCAGAGGAUCCCAUGAUGCCGCCUAUGCCAUGCAGGUCACCCAAGCUUGUGGCCUGGAAAUAGACUGGGAAAAGACCUGGCGAUGGGCCACCAACACCGAAACAGCGGACUUGGCCGUGAGUUCACUACAGGAAGGAAUGCCAGAUACUGAGAUUCUCCGAGAAAUUGCAGGUGCCUACCAAUUGGAAUCCCAAAAGGCGCACUGGAUUGAUGAGUAUGCCAUUGGGCGCGCCAAACUUGCUGUGCAUGACACAUCCAAGUUUUAUGCCAUGGCCAAUGCAGACCUUCUUUGGGACAUUCAUGCCAUGCAACCGGAACGUAAGCUCCAGCUGAUCGAGUGCUGGUUGCCAAAACUCCGCGUGGCAGGGAAGACUAUGCUGCUGAUGGUUGAAGAUGAUGCAGAUGUGACUGCGUUUGCAGUCAGCCUGACAGAUUGUGCUGCCACCAUGCAAAAGAUGUGGGCACAAGCAAUGUUGCUUGUGGCACCUUCCGCCAGACCCAGAUAUGGCAAAGGACUUCAAACUGCGUUGUACAUCCAGGGUUUCGGACAAAGUGUCAGUGGUAUGUCCCCAAGACCUCAAUUUCCUUUCCAAGAUUUG